UUGGAUUUUGGAGGAUGCAUUUAACUGCUGGUAUGAAAAUUGAGUUAUGAACCACAGGAACAGGAAGCUAUGCAAAAUCUCAGUUAACCAUGGAAGCUCUGCACUCCUCCUUUCUGUGCUCCAUUCCCUUGAAAACCCCAUCUUCUAACUCCUCCAAGAAACCCAAUUUCAAACGGACCAAAUUCUCAUGUUCCUUCAGGCCAGACCCAUGGACCCUGAGCGACGGCAAUGACAAGAACCUCAACAAGCCGAAACCCAGGUCCAAGAAUCCGAAAAACCCACUUUCGGACGACAACGCGCGUCGCAUAAUCAAAGCCAAGGCCCGUUAUUUAAGCGUGUUGAGGCGCAACCAGGGCUCACAAGCUCAGACCCCGAAGUGGAUCAAGAGGACUCCGGAGCAGAUGGUGCAGUACUUGGAGGACGAUAGGAAUGGUCACUUGUACGGGAAACAUGUAGUCGCCGCCAUUCGGAUAGUUCGGAGCCUUUCUUCUAAGCCUGAUGGGUCGUAUGAUAUGAGGAAAGUACUGGGUUCUUUUGUUGCCAAGCUUACUUUCAGAGAGAUGUGUGUUGUGCUGAAAGAGCAAAGGGGUUGGAGACAAGUCAGAGACUUUUUCGCUUGGAUGAAAUUGCAGUUAACCUAUCGGCCUAGUGUGAUUGCAUAUACAAUUGUUCUCCGGGCGUAUAGCCAAGCAGGGAAAAUUGGACUUGCUGAAGAGACCUUUUUGGAAAUGGUUGAAACAGGAUGUGAACCAGAUGAGGUUGCUUGUGGCACGAUGUUAUGUGCCUAUGCUAAAUUCGGGCAUCACAAAGCUAUGAUGUCGUUCUUUUCUGCUGUACAACAAAGGGGGAUAACGCCUCCUACUGCAGUCUUCAACUUUAUGCUUUCUUCUUUGCAGAAAAAGGCACUCCAUGAGAAUGUUAUCAGUAUAUGGAAGCAUAUGGGCGAUAAAGCAGUUGUUCCCAAUCAUUUUACGUAUUCAAUUGUUAUUGCCUCACUUGUGAAAGGUGGCCUUUUCGAGGAAGCAUUUAAAGUUUUUAAAGAGAUGAAGAGUUUGGGAUUUGUUCCUGAAGAGGCAACGUAUAGCCUUCUUAUCAGUGUAAGUUCCAAGCGUGGCAACUAUGAUGAAUCUUGUGGUCUUUAUGAUGAAAUGUGCUCACAAGGAAUUGUUCCGAGUAAUUUCACGUGUGCUUCACUUCUGACAGUGUAUUACAAAAACCGGGAUUAUUCUAAAGCCCUUUCCCUCUUUGUGGAAAUGAAGAAGUAUGGAGUCACGGUAGAUGAGGUCAUAUAUGGUCUGCUUAUCAGAAUAUAUGGAAAGCUGGGUCUCUAUCAAGACGCACAAGAUACUUUCGAUGAGAUUGAGAAACUGGGCAUGCUUAGUAAUGAAAAAACAUAUACGACUAUGGCCCAAGUUCAUCUGAAUGCUGGUAAUAUCGAGAAAGCCUUGCAAAUAAUGGAAGUGAUGAAGUCAAAAAACAUCUUACGUUCAAGAUUUGCAUAUAGUGUCUUGCUACAGUGCUAUGUAAUGAAGGGAGACUUGCCCUCUUCUGAAGUUGCGUUUCAGACUCUAUCUAAGUUUGAACUUCCCGAUUGUGUUUCUUGCAAUAAUAUGCUCAAUUUGUAUCUCAGACUGGGAUUAACUGAAAAAGCUAAGGAUUUUAUCCUCCGUGUAAGAAAAGCUCGGGUAGAAUUUGACGAGGAGCUCCUCAGGAGUGUUAUGAAGGUUUAUUGCAAGGACGGAAUGGUAAGAGAUACGGAGAAAUUGCUAGACGAGCUAAGUUCAAGCAAGAUAUUUGGUAGUGCAAUUGUGCAAACACUCCUGAUGGUCAUACGGGGAAAGGACAGAUUGUCUGAAGCCGAAAUUACUUCUAAGCCCUUAGACCAGCCUCGUUCUAUGGCAUUUGAGCUGAGCCUAACCCUUACACUAGCAGAUGGGAAUAAUGCAAUGGCGCAAGAGAUAUUGGAAAUAUUGCUCAAGGCUGCAAAUGGCUUGUCAAUAGUCAGUAAAGUAGUGAAGAUUUUUGCCAAAGAAGGUGACAUAUCAAAAGCGGAGAAUCUUCUUGAGCUGUUAAUGAAGCUAGGCUACAAACCCGAGGAUUCUGCUAGUGCAUCUAUGAUCAGUUUGUAUGGAAAGCAACAGAAGUUGCGACAAGCUGAAAAAAUCUUUGCAGCAGUAUCAGACUCUGCAAGAAAUAAAGCGCUUCUAUAUGAUUCCAUGAUUGAUGUGUAUAACAGAUGCAAUAAACACGAGGAAGCAUAUUUGUUUUACAAGGAAGAAAUCAAGAAAGGGCAUGUUAUGGGUCCAGUCGCUAUUAGCAUGCUUGUGAACGCAUUGACUAAUUGUGGCAAAUAUAAGGAAGCGGAGGAUGUCAUCCAUAGCACUUUUUGUGCCAAUUUUGAGCUUGAUACCGUGGCAUAUAAUACAUUUAUCAAGGCAAUGUUGUCAGCAGGCAAGUUAGAGGACGCAGCCAGCAUUUAUGAACGUAUGGUUUCAUUGAAGAUCGAUCCAUCAAUUCAGACAUAUAGCACUAUGAUCAGUGUGUAUGGACGAGGUAGAAACUUGGAUAAAGCUAUGGAGAUGUUUAACAUGGCUCGAAGCAGGGGGAUAGCUUUGGAUGAAAAGGCCUAUACCAAUUUGAUAUGCUAUUAUGGAAAGGCCGGGAAAAUUGAUGAAGCAUCAAGUCUAUUUAGCAAAAUGCAGGAAGAAGGGAUAAAACCUAGUGAAUUGUGCUACAGCAUUAUGAUGAACGCAUAUGCUCGUGCCGGAGCUUAUGAAGAAGCCGAGGAAGUUUACCAUAGCAUGCAGAGAAAUGGUGUUCAACCUGCUCGUAUCCGAGCAUAUACAAUGGGGAUGAGGUCAAAGUACGACAAGGCGGGAAAGGCUAAUGCUUCAAUGCAAAAUAAAGGUGUGUCCCCCACAUUAUGUGCUCAUUUUAAUGCCUUAUUGUUUGCUUUUGCCAAAAAGAGAGGGGCAUGGGCAUGCAUAUCAACCUAAUUUUCAGUGUAAGCCUAGAGGAGGAAGGCCAGAGA